AUGUCGAUCUUCUACUGCGUGGUGGCCAACAGCCACUGCCCGCUGGCCGAGCACAGCAAUGGUGGCGACAAGAGCAUGAACGAGUUUGCGCAGAAGCUGUUGAAGAAGCUGAAUCUGGCCGAGGACGCGGUCGAGUCCAUGGACUUUGACGGCAAGACGUACAGUUACCGUGUUGACAACGAAGUGGCUUACGUUUGUGUCACCAACGCGGCAUUCGGCAAGAGUUCGGCAGCGCUGUUUCUCAAGCACAUUAACCAGCUUUUCGACAACCAGUUUGGCAUCCGCGGCAAAGCCACAAAGCUCAAAUUGGACAUGAACCGGGACUUUGCACCAACAUUGAAGAAACAAAUGGUCAGUCUGGAGAGGCAGUGA